UCCCAGGGUUCUUCAAGAGGUUUCUCAGCCAGGGUUUCAUGGAAUCCCAGGGUUCUUCAAGAUGUUUCUCAGCCAGGGUUGCAUGGAAUCCCAGGAUUCCUCCAGAGGUUUCUCAGCUAGGGUCCCAUGGAAUCCCAGGGUUCUUCAAGAGGUUUCUCAGCCAGGGUUCCAUGGAAUCCCAGGGUUCCUACAGAGGUUUCUCAGCCAGGGUUCCAUGAAAUCCCAAGGUUCCUCCAAAAGUUUCUCAGCCAGGGUUCCUCCAGAGGUUUCUCAGCCAGGGUUCCAUGGAACCCCAGGGUUCCUCCAGAGGUUUAUCAGCCAGGGUUCCAUG